CAAUGAUCAAUGUAUGGUGUUCGAUAUCUCAGUAGUGACCAAGAAAUCCGUGCAGUAGUGCAUCAUCCUCGAUAUCUAGAGAGAGAAAGUUAAUACUUUUAGAGAGAGAGAGGGAGAGAAACACACAGUGAGAGACUUGCCGGCUAUCCAUCUUCGUCCAUUCCGUCACCAUUUGGCGGAGAAACCCUAGCUAUCUUGUGCUGAUCGGCUGUCAUUUCGUCCCUGUUCUAGUCAUUCGGUAAACUAUUUAUACUUGUGUUUUCUGUUUCUUUUAUCAUUCAAAAAAAUUGUAUGCGAGUUGUUGAUAUUAACGACUCAUUUGUCUAAGUUAGGUUUUUAAUUCAGUCACUGGUUGUAGCCUCGAUCCUCAGUAGUUAGUAGUGCUCUUAGGGUUUGUUCAUCCCAUUUUUACAUUUAUAUAAGGCAUUUUGUCAUCUGUUCAACUCGACUGAUUGAUAGUAUUGAAGAUUUUGGGGGAAGUGAAAAGAAAUGAGUGAAUCUGAGGAAGGCAACCAAAGGCUACAAUCGUCAUUUGGUGCUUCGUCAUCAUCAGUCCCUAAACUGCAAUCACAUAUUACUUUCAAUCAUCCUGAUAUUCGUGCCCAAAUUACACAAUUUCCCCCAAAUAUUAACAUUGAAAACACCAUUAAAAGAGUGGGAAUACCUCAGUCUCAUCCACAAAUGCCUCCCCUUUCACCUUCCUCACAGAAUCUAACUCUUGCUACUGGUUCUUCCCAUUCAAGAACUUUAUCACAGCCCUCGUAUUUCUCACUUGACUCUUUACCCCCUUUGAGCCCUUAUCGGGACCCCACUUCUGCACUCACAUCUGAUCAAAUGGUAGGUGAUCAUGAGAGCCUUCCACUUCCACCUCGUAAGACACACAGGAGAUCAAACAGUGAUAUUCCAUUCGGGUUUUCAACUAUCUUACAAUCAUCACCACCAUUAAUCCCAUCAUCAAGAGGUUUAAAGGGAUUAGAAGUCAAACGUGAAUCAAAUUGGGAGAGAAACGGUAGUGAAAGCAAAGUUGGAGAGAAGAAUUCAGAAGGUGAAGUCGCAGAUGAUUUAUUUUCAACUUACAUGAACUUGAAUAAUCUUGGAAGACUAAACUCCUUUAGAGGUGAAAACUGUGAAGAUUUGGAUAGCAGAGCUAGUGGUACAAAAACUAAUGGAGGUGAUAACAGUGAUAAUGAAGCUACAAGCAGUAACAAUAUGCAGAGGUUAGGAGUCACUUUAGUUACUGAUAAAAAAGAAGGGGUUAAAAGGAGUGCAGGUGGAGAAGUUGCUCCAACUACAAGACACUAUAGAAGUGUCUCCAUGGAUAGCAUUAUGGGAAAGAUGAACUUUGCAGAUGAAUCAGUUAAGCUGUUGCCUUCUUCUGGAGGGCAAAUCGGUAAAUUAUCACCAAGUGAUUCUAUCGAUCCAAAUUCAGAAACUUUUAGGUUAGAGUUUGGAAAUGGUAUGUUUAGUGGCAGUGAGCUCAAGAAAAUCAUGACUAAUGAGAAUCUUGCAGAGAUAGCUUUGACUGAUCCAAAGAGAGUCAAAAGGAUUUUAGCAAACCGCCAGUCAGCUGCUCGAUCUAAAGAAAGAAAAACGCGUUACAUCACAGAAUUGGAAAACAAGGUUCAAUCCUUACAGACAGAAACAACAACGUUGUCUGCCCAGCUUACAUUAUUUCAGAGAGAUUCGGCGAGUUUGACAAGUCAAAAUAACGAGUUAAAGUUCCGUCUACAAGCAAUGGAACAGCAAGCCCACCUCCGGGACGCCUUAAAUGAGGCGUUAACUGCUGAAGUUCAACGUUUGAAGAUUAUGAUGAGUAUGGAGCAAAAUGGAGAUGCUGCUAAGUUUUCUCAGCUAUCACUUGAUACUCGACUUUAUCAAUUACAUCAAGAUACUUAGUUAACUUUAUAUUUAUCUCAAUAAUCAGUUUUCUUUGUAAAACUACUGCCGGGUCGGGUCCAGACCUCUAGAGGCUUCUAACGAGGUGCAAAUUUUCAGAUAGGGACCAGUUGGAUUUUUUUAUUUAAGAUUCAUUUUUUGUUGUAAGUCUAUCUAUAGACAGUUUCAUUUGUUUUUUUUAAUAUAAUUAUUUACAAUGGUUGUAAAUUUAUAAAAAUAAAUAAAGAUGACGUAUUUUUAAUUUUUUUUUUGUAGUUUUUAAUACUUAUAGACCAAUAAUGUAACUUUUGCUUAGUG